AUGGCGCUACACUGUACAAGAGCGUGCAGGCGGUAUUUACUACACCUAGCUCAAGAUAAUGUUGAAUUUAGACUACCGGAGAUCAAAGCGCUGCUCUCGCUCAGGGGUCAGCCUUUCCGUCCUGCGGAAGACUUUAAGGAAAAGUCUCCGUUCUGGCUUCUCGACAGCCUAUCGGAGGAGGACGUACGAAGCAUCAUGAUCAGGACGGUGUGUGCCAAGUCAGUGUUUGAACUGUGGGGGCAUGGAAGGACACACUCUGAACUGCAGACGUCCCUCCUUAGAUAUCCUCCAGAGGACAUGGCUCCCUUUUUGCAGCAAGACUCAACGUACAAAAUAAAUGUCUACACUUUUAACAAGACCCUGGAGUUCAAAGACAGAAUCAAGAAGAUUGACGCCCUGGAGUUCUUACCCUUCCAGGGCAAGGUGAAUUUGAAGAAUCCGGAUUACAUCUUUUGUUUACUGGAAGACUAUGGCACUGAUCCCAAUAACAUUCCGGAUGAACCCUUCCACGUGUAUUUUGGGAGAUGGAUCGCGGACGGCCAGCGGGAUUUGAUCCGCUCCCACAGUGUGAAGAAGAGGCACUUCAUUGGCAACACCAGCAUGGAUGCAGGCCUGUCUUUCAUCAUGGCCAACCACGCACGGGUCAAAGAUCAUGACCUGGUCUUCGACCCCUUUGUCGGGACAGGUAGCCUCCUGGUGGCUUGCUCACAUUUUGGGGCGUACGUGUGUGGGACAGACAUCGAUUACAACACAAUCCAUGGGAUUGGAAAAUCCAGCAGGAAGAACCAGAAGUGGAGAGGACCGGACGAGAACAUCCGAGCAAACCUCCGUCAGUAUGGACUGGAGCAGUUCUACAUGGACGUUCUGGUGUCUGAUGCCUCCAAAACCAUAUGGAGGGAGGGGAAGCUCUUCGACGCCAUUGUCACAGAUCCUCCUUAUGGUAUCCGGGAGUCAACGAGGAGAACGGGAUCUCAGAAGGAGAUCAUCAAGCCUCCAGAAGACUUCUGUGGAGAGAGUCAUGUCCCCGUUUCCAUGGCGUACCACCUGAGUGACAUCUUCAGUGACUUGUUAAAGUUUGCGGCGCGUUACUUGGUGAUGGGCGGGAGGCUGGUGUACUGGCUGCCAGUCUACAGGCCUGAAUAUCGGGAGGAGAUGAUUCCCCUGCAUCCCUGUCUGACACUCAUCAGCAACUGUGAGCAGACCCUCUCCAGCCACACCUCACGCCGCCUCAUCACCAUGGAGAAGACCAAAGAGCUGGAGUAUGGUGCAGAAGAGAGUCACAGAAAUCUCUGGAAGGGUUUGAAGGACUCUGAUGACCUGGCGCUGCUCCAUGACUCCCGCUACUGCCCCUACCAGGGACACAACGCCUUUAGAGAAAAGUACUUCAGCGGCAUCACCAAGAGGAACGGGAGAGACGAGGCCAAGACGCAAAUGAAGGAGGAUGACUGACCGCUCGCUGGUCAUCUGACGGCCAGCUGGAAGUCUGGGGGAGGCAGAAGGAAACUCCGGGAGAUCGCUGUAUUACACUUCUGCACCCCAUUUUAAGGUGUUUUUUUUUACUGCUGCAUU